AUGCUUUCUCGACUCUUGCAACUGUCUGUUCUGGCUCCGGCUGUGGUGGCUCGCGGCAUUGUUUGGGAGUCCUCCUGCCUGUCAGAGGUCACAUCGCUCAACUCCACGCUUCCGAUCGUGUGUGGCAGCCUUGCGGUUCCUCGGGAUUACACGAACAACACCUCGAACGAAACGCUGGUAUUGCCUAUUUACAAGAUUCCCGUGGCGAACGGGACAACAUCGAAGCACAGCGUGCUGCUGAAUUUCGGCGGCCCUGGCAAUCCUGGCUUGAGCUCGUUCGCUGCGAAUGCUUCUGCAUUGCAGCUGCUUCUUGGAGGAGACCAUGACGUGAUUUUGGUGACCCCAAGAGGCGUAGGAGGAAAUCUUGAUUUCUCAUGCUCGCAAACUGACGCCGUGGCUACUCUGCACGCAUCCUGGACGACUCUGAAUGGUAACGCGUCGAAUGUCGCUGAAGGCGAGUUAUGGGCCACCACUGGUCUCUAUGCAGACGCCUGCAAACAAUCGCCGGGUGCUGCAAACGGCGACCUCAUUGGGACUGCUUUCACCGCGAGGGACUUUAUGCAGGUGGUAGAGGCUCUCGAUGAAGACGGGCUGAUAUACUACCACGGCUUUUCCUACGGCACCGUGCUCGGAAUGACAAUCGCUGCGCUCUUCCCCGACAAGAUUGGCGGAAUGGUCCUAGAUGGGAACGUCAAUGUGUACCAAUACUAUCGGAAUUCCUACGUCGGCCAAUACCUCGACACCGACAAGGUCUUUUCUCUGUUUUGCUCCACCUGCAUCGCAACACCGCGAUUGUGUGCCCUCGCGCACAACCAGUCUUCGGCGGAACUCGAGAAUGAUCUGCUUGCUCUGUUUUACAAAUUGAAGAGCCAUCCUCUGCCGGUAUUUUUCCCCGACGGCCUGGGAGGGCUUGCUGAUUACACCUAUAUCACGAAUCAGGUCAACUCGGCCCUGUACGAGCCGACUUCCUGGCCUGGUCUCUCGGUCCUGCUCGCUGGCCUGCUUGCCGGGAAUACUACGCUCGUGACCGAGGCCAGUCUCAUCACUACCAGCAACGCCGGACACGAUUGGCUGUCCGGCAUCAGAUGUGGCGACAACCGGGUACGCGUGUCGGAACCAAGCGCCCUCAAUUCGAACAUCAGCGCAACUGAAGCCGAAAGUCCCAUUUUCGGCAGCGACGCCGUGUCGUUUUAUUACACGUGUGCACAAUGGUCGUUCUAUGCCAAAGGCAACUUCUCCUGGCCCCCAGGUGCCGUACGGAUUCGCACGGCGAGCCCGGUCUUGCUGGUCGGCAAUCUGUACGAUCCGGUAACUCCACUGGUGAAUGCAAAAUCCAACAGCGCCGACUUGGAGGGAAGUGUGGUGCUGCAGAAUGAUGGCAUUGGGCAUACCAGCGUUCUCUCACAGGCUUCGCUCUGCACUGCAAGAGCCAUACGAGCGUAUUGGUUCAAUGGAACUUUGCCUCGGCCGGGCACGUCGUGUCCGGUGGAUGUGCCCGCAUUUUCUCUCGACAAUGGAUGGGAGACGGUCUGGAAAGAGCUUGCGAAAGAGGUUGGGGAGACUUAUUAUCCAUAA